AUGGCCUUCGUCGACAGCCCUUUAUUAAAUGAAAUCAAAACCGGUAUCCGCCUCCGUCCCACGAAAACCAUCGACAAGUCGGCGCCGGUGAUUCUGGUGGAUGGCGAAAAGUAUAAUAGAAUUGAACCCGAGCCAAGCCCGCAGAAACCGCAGGCCGACUUCGCCUUCCGCGAGGAUGACCUCUACGUGACUGGGGAGAAGCUGCAGCGGGAGAUCCCAGCCGGAAAAGCCGCGCUGGCCCGGGCGAUGUUCGACUCGACAGACCAAACCUCACCCCCAUCACCGCUCAAUGAAGCACAGCGGAAAUACAGCCUGAACAGCUACCUCAGACCUGAUGCAAGACCCGCUGGUGCGCCACCGGAUGCCAGCUUUGAUGAGGCGGCGCUGAAGGUAACCUCCGACACGCUGAAACGUGAAAUCCCCGCCGGGACAGCGGCGAGUAAAAUUUCGCGAUUUGCCAAUGGCGAAAUCGGGCAGACAAACAGUUUGCCGAGGAUACGCUUCAAACCUGGUCAGCUUCGUACCCCGUUCCAUGAGAGCGACACGAAUCUGGCAAAGGAGGAACCGAGCUCGGGAUACGGUACUUUGCCCAGGACCAAGAGUCCAUCAGCCCAAUUUCUGGCCCAACAACAGCGCCCAGCCCGCGCGCCAACGAUGGAGGAGGAAAGAUCACGCCCUCCCCCCGCCCGUUCCGCCAGCCAACAGUCGACACCGCAAUUUGCGAGAAAUCUCUUCGACAGCCGUGCAUCACCAUCUCCACCGCCACCUAGCCAGUAUCAAGCACCGCCACGACGACUACUCGACAGUCCUAUGCAUCAGAAACAAACUGCUGCGGAACCCCAACGCGUCGACGUUCGUCCCCCACCACCCCAGAGGAGCGCCUCGGUGGCGCAGUUCCAAUUUUCGAGGGAGGAGCCGACCAAGCAAACUUUCGAAACCCGGACCCCUGUCCCGACCUCUUCCGGACCUUCCCGGAAACCGUACGAGCCGGUGUACGCGGAUGCGUACGACAGGGCGGCCGCCCCUUGGAAGGCGCCCACCAGGGCCGCCUUGGUGACCCCAGAAAUGGCCUUGGGGACGACUACGCAACACUCCGCCCCAAGACAACAGCCGCCACAACAUCCGCAACAAGUACGGCAGCAGCAGCAUACGUACACGGCCAGCCCUGCCUGCCCAGUAUCACCGGCCGCUACUAGCCAGGUCCCGGCACGUACCCCGGUGGCUACCGUAGUCCCGGGACCGAAUAUUCGGGCGGCAGAAUGGGUGGCCGUCCCCUCGGCCACUACACCGACCACCACCGCCUCGCCCCUCGUCUACACCGUUCAAAAUGGGCAGCCAAGGCUCGCUAGGCCGGCUCAAGUCAGCCAAACGUCACCGCGAUCUCGAUCCACCAGUCGUCCAUCGUGGAGAGAUCAGCAGAGUAUCCCGGCAAGCUAUACCUACUCUCCGGCUCCAUCCUCUUCCUAUACCUACAAUCAACCGCCUCAGCCGGUCGCCACGAGUGUUACGGCCUCAAACUACACCCCGUUCAACUUCCAAAAUACCGUCCGUCAGCCGAGAAUUUCGAAUGUCCGGAGCAACAGUGAGAUGUCACGCCCGAUGAUCGUUCGCACGGAUUUGAUCCCGAGCUCACCGCUUCAUUCGGUUGAACCUUCACCAGUCUCUCCGCUCCGCCCGCUCGAGGUCCGCGACGCACAUACGAGCCCGAUGAGCGGCCAAAACUUGGCCCGGAAUCCGUUGGCUCAGAAUGGAAACCAUCAGAAUGGGCACAUCAAUAGACAAACGGAUCGGAGGCCAUCGACCACCACCACCGGAACGAUUAACAUGAGAGCACCGAAUGGAGCUCGAGCCUCAUCUCCCGAGUCCUCGAUGUCCUCCUCCCAACAAUCGCCAUCCUCGUUGAGUCCAGGCAGCACAUCGCCACCCCCACUCCGCCAUCAACACCAUCAUGUACAUCAUCAUGACAAUGGACAGCAGCAGAAGAGGGCCCAGAAUACCCCUCAGCGGAUGAUUGCCGUCCCGAUUUCGGCUUCAUGGCAGAACGGAAAUGCUCAUCAUCGCGUCAUUUCACCGCAGGACCUGUGCCACAUGAGCCCCGGGGCGAUGCGCGAGCAGUUCCGGUUCAACAUCGACCUCUCCAACGACGGAACCCCGAUCACCAUCUCCAGGCGC